UUGGAGAGAGAGAACCCAAAAAAAAAAAAACAAGUAUAUUUCUCUUCCAAUUUUCUCCGCCAAUGGUCUCUUAGCUUUUGGAUAUUCAUAUAUUCUCCAUCUAAUUUUCUUUGUAAGAAGAAGGAUUUUGGAUGGCAAUGGCGGCGAGUAAGCUGAUUCAGCCAUCGACAGCAGCAUCAGUCGGAGGAAUUUACCCAGGAAGAAGGAGAAGGAAACUGGCAAGAAGCGAGACGAUUUCUCUCAAAUCUGGUCCCGCAAACGGUUUGAAGAUCAAAAGUAGAAGUUUCGAUGAGAGCCCGUCUGGGUUCAUCAGAAGAGCUGCAGAACAGGGCUCUGGAUUGUUCCCCCUUUCCCAAGGACAAGAACAAGAGGAAGACGAAAAGACGGUUGCCCAGAUCAAAGAAGAGCUCUACGAGGCUGUCAAAGGGAUCAAUAGAGGGAUAUUCGGCGUAACGUCGGCGAGGAAAUCAGAGAUCGAGCACCUGGUGAAGCUCCUCAACUGUCGGAAUCCGACAGCAGAUCCCACCGGAGAUCUUGACAAGUUCCGAGGUUGUUGGAAACUUAUCUACUCCACCAUCACUAUCUUGGGAUCCAAACGGACAAAGCUCGGCCUACGGGAUUUUGUCUCGGUGGGAGAUAUUCUCCAGCAUAUCGAUAUUUCUCAGGGAAAAUCCGUUCAUGUGAUAAAGUUCAACGUCCGGGGACUGAAUCUGAUCGACGGCGAGCUAAAGAUCGAUGCUUCUUUCAAGAUAGUCUCCGGAACGACAGUUGACGUUACGUACGAGAGCUCAACCAUCAUGCCUGAUCAGUUGAUGAGCAUGUUCAGACAAAACUACGAUCUCCUUCUAGGCGUCUUCAACCCAGAGGGCCGGUUCGAGAUCCUAUACUUGGAUGGAGAUUUACAGAUAGGAAGGGAAGAGAAGGGAAACAUCAUCGUAUUGAAAAGAACAGAGAUAUCCUGAAAAUGCCUCAAAUUUUUUUUGCUUCCUGCACAAGGAAUCUAGUUGCGUGUUCCUUAAGUAAACUCCCACAGUUCUCUUCUCCUGUUCCUCCGGAUCAGGGAAGACUUGUCUGAAUACAUUUUAUGCUAUUGUUUAUUUAUAUCAUUUGUUCA